GGGCUGCACAAUUUAUAAAUAGACAUUCCCUGAGGCUGCCUGAUGGUGAAGUGGUUGUUUAGUAAAUCUUUCUCCCUUAAGAAUCCCAUUAUCAGAGAGCAUUUGAAAAUACCAGUUUCAUUUUGUCUUUUGGGGGAGAUCCUGGGUUUCAUCAACUCAGCCCUGUUGGAUGAUAUUGCUCUCUGUCCGAUCUAGGGACAGGCCUUCUGUGCUUUGAAUCACCUACACAUGGAGCACAAAGAUGAUGAGGAUGAUGAUGUGUCUUUUGCCAAGUGGAUGAGCAGCUUCUGGGGUCACAGCUGGAUAGAAGAGAAUGAGAGAGGACUCCGAGACCGCCACGGAUCACAAGAUGCCAGUUACAGGAAAACCUCCCUGCCCUGCCCAUUUCCUGCGCUUCCCAGAGUCACAUCAUCUGACAGCCAACCCAGAAGGCAUUCUCAUGAGGACCAGGGAUUUCGAUGCCAUACCCACAUGCGGGGUUACAGGAAAUGUUCGGCAGAUGAGUCAUUCAGGGAGCCAUUGGAAUCAAAAGGAAGAUCUCAUUCUAAAAGUCAAGCAUCUUCAGAUUCUUUUGAACAGCAACUGUGCUUUAGAACCAGACGCUCUGUCUCUUUGGGGCCUGAGAGCAGGAAGGAGAGAAAUGAAAGAGAAUGCCUGAGGAUGGAGAUGAAAUCUCAAAGGAAAAUGGAGGAAAGAAGGAACUCCAGGAAGGAAGAACAGGGAGAAGAACACAUGCCUCCCUUGUUUGAAAAAGAACCCAAAUAGUAUUUUGUUUCCACAUCAUGACUAUAGAUGCCACUGUGUUUUUUGGGCUCCCUAACGCCAGGCCGGGUGGCGGUAGCUACAAGAGAGUGUCUGCAGGUGCUGAGUGACUGCCGUGGGCAGGGGGUGUGGCUGCCCCCUCGGUGACUCGAACUGUGCUCCAGCUGCUUCUGGCCCCUUGGCUGAGAGUGUGAUCAGCUUUGUUGUCCUUUUAUGGGCAUAAGGAGAAUCAAAGGUAUUUUAAUAGAACAAGUAAUUCUUAAAAAUGUAAAGAAAGAUAAUUAAGGAACCACCCACCCAUCUUCACAAACUCUUCUUCUACAUCAACCUUGCAAAUAAUUUUAAAUAAAAGUCAUUGGUGUGACUCUAA